UCCUCCUCCUCCUCUCCUCAUUCUCUGCCGGAGGGAAGAGUCCCGCAGUCUCUCAGACUGAGAAGCAGCAGCAGCAGCAUCCUCAGCAGAAGGGGAGAAGGCAGGAGAGGAGGCAGAGGAAGAGGAGGAGGAGGAGGAGGAGGGUGCCCACCUGCCUGCCUACCUGGGACCCCCCCAGCCUGCCCGCCGUGCCCUCCCCGGAUGUGAGGUUCCCAGGGAAAGCGAGCGCGAGAGGGACCGGCGUUGGGGCGGAUGGCGAUGGCCCUCCCGCGGGCCCUGGGCCUGGCGCUGGCCCUCUGCCACUCGCUGGGGAUGGAGAUGCCCCCCUCCUCCAGGGACCCCCCGGCACCCCCCUGGGACAACCACCUGCCCUUCGCCCCUCCCGCAAGCAGCAGCAGCAGCAGCAAUGCCUUCUUCACGGAGACCCCGCACGACAUGACGGCCCGGGCCGGGGAGGACGUGGAGAUGGCCUGCUCCUUCCGCGGGAGCGGAUCCCCCUCCUACUCCUUGGAGAUCCAGUGGUGGUAUGUCCGCACCCACCGGGACUGGACAGACAAGCAGAGCUGGGCCUCCAACCAGCUAAAAGCAUCUCCACAGGAAGAGCCCGGGAAGGAAGCGACAAAAAUAAGCGUGGUGAAAGUGGUGGGCAGCAACAUCUCCCACAAGCUGCGCCUCUCCCGGGUGAAGCCCACGGACGAAGGGACCUAUGAGUGCCGUGUCAUCGACUUCAGUGACAGCCUGGCCCGCCACCACAAGGUCAAGGCCUACCUGCGGGUGGAAGCCGACGACGACAACAAUGCUGCCCCGCGACGCCACAACGGCCUCGGUCCUUUGCCUGGCGGGCACCUCCAAGACACCCAGCCACUCUCAGGGCUCCCGCAAACUGACCACGGCAAACUGACCGCCUCCCACCCGCACCACCAACACCACCACAAGCCGGGCAAGGAACUCAAGAAGCGCUCCGUGGCGGACGAUGCCUCCUGCACCCUCUAAGCGGGUCGACGCUGGGAGCGGGGCCACAACAGGAUGGCUGGCUGGCUGGAGGUCCUUCCUCCUCCAUCCCUCCUCCUCCUCUUCCUCAUCCCACUCUCAGAGGCACCCCAUGACCUUUCGUUGGGUGACAUUGGUUGGCCAAGGUCAACGGCUGGUCUUGUAGAAUUGACACCGUGAAACCAGAGAUGCUGCCUUCUUACCCAGUUACCCUGUCUCUCCUGUCAUUUUUUUGGGGGUGGCAUCAAGGUGGCCAGAUCCUGCAGAAUUGAUGCCUUGAAAGCAGAGGUGCCAUCUUCUACCCAGUUAUACCAACUCUCCUAUCCUUUGUUGGGGUGACAUUGAUGUGGCCAGGUCAACGAUGACAUCCCAAAACCAGAGAGGCCACCUUCCACCCCAUUAUACCAUCUCUUCUUUUUUGGGAUGACAUCAAGGUGGCCAGGUUAACGUUGGGUCCUGCAGAAUUGAUGCCAUGAAAACAGAGAUUCCACCUUCUACCCCAUUGGCGUGUCUCUCCUGUCCUUUUCUUGAGUGGCAUUGGGGCGGCCAGGUCAAUGUUGGGUCCUGCAGAGUUGACACCGUGAAGCCAGAGGUGCCACCUUCUGUCCCAUUAUCCUGGCUCUCCUGUCCUUCGUUUGGGUGGCAAGGUCAAUUAUGGGUCCUGCAGAACUGAUGUUAUGAAAGCAGAGAUGCCACCUCUUAUCCCAUUACUCCAUCUUUCCUGUCCUUCUUUUGGGUGGCUAGGUCAACAUUGUGUCCUGCAGAAUUGACCAGAGAUGCCACUCAUUCCACAUCCGCAUGACAACCCUUCCGCCACCACAAUUCCCUGUCAACUAGAUAUACCUAUUUUAAACAUUCUCCAUCCUCUGAAGAAGUCCGUCUUGCACAAACUGGAGCCACUGAAAUAGAUGUUGGGAUUUUGGAGUUCCACCAAACAGUUGGUGACCUUCUCGUUGGCACCGACCCCAAUGCUUGGAUGGCAGAUGCUGUGAUUGGCAUCCCAUUUGACUCCUGGACCACUUGGAGAUGCUCUUGACCUCCUAAAAUGGAGGUGGCCAAUUUUGAGGUUGGGUUACGCUCUUCCGUUGGCGUGUUCUCUUGCUUGUUAAUGUCCAAAUGAGUGGGAGAAGGGUUGGUCCUGAGGAAUGCAGCAGAAGAGCCAUUUUGGCCCCUUUGGGUGGCCUGAAAGCAGGGUUGGUUGGCUCUGAAGGACCAAAGAUGGACUUGAAGUCUUGGACGCCUUGCUGGGCCUUCCUUCGAAGAAGGACACCUCGAAUCCCUUUACCGUUUGCAUUGCUAGCUUCCUCCUGCCAUUUGUGAGCCCUGCGGGUUUCCUUUCUUUCUUCACCUUGCUUUGUACAAUACUUCGGGGAAAGGGGAGGGGGAUUUGUGUGCCAUUUUGAACCCUUACUUUGAACGCACUUGCUCUCCACUUAUAUUACAAUGAACAUGGAUGACUGUAUAACUGUAAAUAUAAAUGACCGGUCUGCUCAGUAUUGCCCCUAUAAUGUAUGCACAGUGGGAGAAGGGGGUGUCCAAAAAGGUGCAUUAAAGCACCUCCGCUCUGAGGCCACAAAGUACAGAAUGACCCAGAGAUCAAUUCCUGACCUUUGCUGAAAGUUACCAUAGAAUUGCCUUGGAAGAGCGAGGUACCAUAGAAGUCUGAAUUUGCUAGGCCUUCCAGGGCAACCCUAUGGAACCCAUCAGGAGGAUCUAGAAAAUUCACAGAGAGGUAGAAUGAAUGCAGUGUGUUGUUGUAGGUUUUUUCGGGCUGUAUGGCCAUGUUCUAGAGGCAUUCUCUCCUGACGUUUCGCCUGCAUCUGUGGCAAGCAUCCUCAGAGGUUGUGAGGUCUAUGGCAAGCAACCUCUGAGGAUGCUUGCCAUAGAUUACUUACUUACUUACUUGGGCGAUCCCUCAUUGGACGAGUAAGAUGGUCUUCCAUUAUGGGUUUCCUUGUGGGUCUGUAUGUGGCUGUGGAGCCCUAUUCUUGCUCUGCAUCUUCUUCCGCAGUGAGGGCAUUGGUUUCCAGGUGGAAGGCGGUCCCGGUUGGGGUUGGCUUGAUGCGCCUUCCUCCUGGCACGUUUCUCUUUCACCCUCCACUCGUGCCUCCUCAAAUUCUGCAGCACUGCUGGUCACAGCUGACCUCCAGCUGGAGCGCUCAAGGGCCAGGGCUUCCCAGUUCUCAGUGUCUAUGCCAGAGUUUUUAAGGUUGGCUUUGAGCCCAUCUUUUAAUCUCUUUUCCUGUCCACCAAUGUUCUGUUUUCCGUUCUUAAGUUCAGAGUAGAGCAACUGCUUUGGGAGACGGUGGUCAGGCAUCCGGACAACGUGGCCGGCCCAGCGGAGUUGAUGUUGGAGGACCAUCGCUUCAGCUGGUGGUCUUUGCUUCUUCCAGCACACUGACGUUUGCCCGCUUGUCUUCCCAUAGAUGCAGGCGAAACGUCAGGAGAGAAUGUCUCUAGAACAUGGCCAUACAGCGUGAAAAAACCUACAACAACCCAGUGAUUCCGGCCAUGAAAGCCUUCAACAAUACACAGAAUGAAUGCAGUUUGACUCCACUUUCAUUGCCAUGGCUCUAAGCUAUGAGAAUUAUAGUUUGGUGAGCACUUGUUAGCACAGAAGGCUAAAAGCCUUGUAGAACUGCAACUCCCAGGGUGCCAUAGCAUUGUGCCAUGGCAGUUAAAGUGGGGUCAAACUGUAGUCUAAAUGUUUCCCCUUCCCUUGAAUACCUUCCAAAAAAAGAAGGCUAGGAAGCAUUGAAUUGGGGUUGGAUUGGAUAACCACUGGGGGACCCCAAGCAUUCCAGGUUUUUCCUAUUGUUAA